AUGUCAGAACAACAACAAGAAACACCAGAUGCUCCCAUUCUUCAAUCAGAAGAAGCUCCUGCGCCAACUAACCAAGCUCGGAAUGAAGAUGUUGACAAGCCAACGACAACAACAUCAAUCCCCUCGCUAUGCAGUAUCUGCAACACGAACCCGCCAAAGUAUAAAUGUCCGCGAUGUCGUCUUCCGUACUGCUCUGUCGCAUGCAACAAGAUCCAUCGCGAGAAUCACCCUCCUGAUCCUGAAGUAGCACCCCAACCCGAACCUCCACGACCAGAAUCGCAAGCCCAACAAGUCUCAGAUCCUCGGCCCUUCGAUCCUUCGAACCCCUUUCAAGCUCUCGAAACAUCUGAAAAGCUUCGUCAUCUCUUCCGAAAGUAUCCCGAUCUGCCUGAUCAGCUCCUCAAAAUUGAUGCUGCUACACUCCCGCCUCCCGAGACCAAGCCCGCUAUUCCCGCUUCCCUCUUAAAGGGCCUCCCACCCAAGCAGGAGGCUUGGAACCACGAUAUUGGCAUACAGAACGGCAAAGAGGCUUUGCGCAAGGCGCGGCGUGCAGGUGGCGAGCAGGGUGAUGCUAUCCGCGAAUAUUCAGAGCUCAUCCUCCACCUUAUAAAUACGGAAAGCGCAAACGCAGACGUGGACAACAUUUUAAGACAGCAAUUUGCACAGGAAGACACAAAACUCAUCGAGCGCUUGAUGCAACAGGAAAAACGCUGA